AUGGCACACUCAGCACCCACGGCCACGGCCAACGGCCAGAACGGCCUCCUGCGCGCACUCCCGGCAUCUCGGAUACUCUACCUCUCACUUGUCGGCUUCGUGGCAUGGUCGACCACCGCAGCUGACGCAAUCAUAUCCAUCCUAGAGGCCGCAUCCUUCUCGUCUGCUCAGUCGUCCUUGGUUGGCAUUGCCGCUGCAGCAGGCACAUUCGACCUCGUCUCGCUCGGCGCCAUUGGCUUCUACCUGUACCACAGCCUGGGAAGUGCACACGCGGCCUUGGAGCAAUCCGGGAAGGCGAGAAGAGCCAUUGUGGCCGUCUGCAUCCUCUGGUCAUGUAUCGCAUUGCUGCUGUCCCUGGUGCUGAUCGUUGUGGUCAAGUCAAGGUGGGACGAAAUCACUGCCACUUCUUCGAGCGCGCCCACACUGGAUUGGGACAGUCAUGUCUCUGGGCAAAUGGCAGCAUGGGUCCUGUCAUUCAUCAGCCAGGCUGCUCUGUACGCCUCUCCCCUAUGGAAUCGCAAGGCCCCGCUUGUUCAGACUGUCGUCACAUCCGGCCCCCGAGACUCGGUCAUCAGUGAGAUGCGAACAAACCGCCCCAGGGACUUGUAUAUUGGAAAACCCGUCGAGCCGUCAUCGCCACUGGCUGCUCACCUGCCUCGCGAGCUUUCGCCAGCUCUGCCCUCGCCUACCUUUUCAAGUCGGUCUUCUCAGUCGAUGCGAUCGUUCCGCGAAUCUCUUCGCAACGUCAUCCGCCCAGUCACAUCCCGCACGACUCUGAUCAAUCAGAAAUCAUUUACUCGAGAUGCACCACUCAGCAUCUACUCGAACCGGCAGUCAGUAGACACUGUCUCGCAUUCGGACGGAUUCGACAGCUGGGACACUAGUAGCGUGAGCAUCCCAGCGCGCGACGUCGUGCUGCAACAGACGACACCAUACAAGGUUACUGCGUUAGAGCCCAUCCCCGGAAGCCGCCCAAACUCACCUGCUCGACCAUUGGACGGCCCUUUUCUUUCGGAACUUCCGGAGGAGGAAGACGACGACGACUUGGCACCACCUCCCAGGAUGAUGCCUGAUACGGCGCGCCCACCGAGCCCUGCCGUUAGUGAGGCUCACAUCCACCCACUGUUUAGGUCGGAAAGUCCGUCGGGCUUGCCGCCUCCAACUGCCACACCUGGGACAAGCAUCAUGGCCAGCCCUUACUCAACCCAGGCUAUUACAUGCCCUCGACGCUCGUUUAGCCGCAUGCGAUCAAACAGCCAACUGAGCCAAACCAACACCCUCCACCAAGCCAGGAGCUUUAGCCGGGACCGCCGCCCAACAAGCGAACAGUCCAACUCAAGGAGCCCUUCCCCUCCGAGUCGCGCAAUGACUCCUCCCAUUCCGGACUUUGUGCUCAACUCUUCUCCGCGGAGCAGCGUAUGCGGUGCUCGAAGGGUCCAGCUCCAAUAUACCCCCGACCGAUAA